AUGAAAGGAAUCCAACUCUCCAGAGCAAAAGUGAAGCAAAAGCGAAGCAAAAGCAUAGAGGGUGAUCUACGUUUAUAUAAGACGUUUCAGGUUUCUCCUUUUGGAAAACCCAUCUCAUUUCAGACUCCACAUCUGCACAAAAUGGCAAAAAAUAUCGGCUUCCUCGUGUGCCUCUUGAUCAUGAUUAUGGACAUUAUAGCAGGAAUUCUUGGUAUUCAAGCAGAAAUUGCUCAGAACAAGGUUAACCAUCUGAGGGCUUGGAUUUUUGAAUGUAGAGACCCUAGCUACCAAGCUUUCAAGCUCGGUAUAGCCGCAGUGGUACUUUUACUAAUGGCACACGUUAUUGCCAAUUUGCUUGGAGGGUGCAUUUUCAUUAGAUCCAAAGAAGAACUGGAUCAAGCUUCUCCUAACAAGCAACUCGCAGCCGCAUCCCUCAUCUUGUCAUGGAUUAUGUUGGGUGUUGCAUUUACAAUGCUGAUUUCUGGAACAUUGUCAAACUCGAAAUCAAGAAAAGAUUGCGGAAUAGCACAUCAUCGGCUACUGUCUAUAGGAGGAAUUUUGUGUUUUAUUCAUGGACUCUUUUUGGUUGCCUAUUAUGUUUCUGCUACUGCCUUCAUUCGAGAAGAAAAGAAACUGAGUCAACACGGGAUCCAAGAAAACAAACCAAAUGAACAUGGAGUCGAGGCAUGA